AUGGCCGAGCAACCACUCCCCAUGACGGACGAACAGGCUGACGAAAACUUUUGGCUGUCAUGCUUCUUCCUCCGCAAUCUCCCGGCCAACAUUCCUCCACAACAACUAUCUUCCUGGGUUUCCGAAACCUUUCAAAAGCGAUGUACACGAAUUGUCUAUGCAGAUGAUGUCAUGAAAGACGUUUGCCGUUCCGGCAGUUACUUGAUUGAGCUGUCCUCACCCACAGCUCGGUCCAUCUUUUCCCGACAGGGACGAGGCGAAAACUUCUUUUUCAACAUUCGAUUGCACUGCGAAGAAGUACGGUCGGAGCAAUUUGCCAAAAAGGCAUUCUUGGCUGACGUCUCAUUGAAUCCGCUCCAAAGUCCAGGUGGAACCCUUGCUGGCACUAUGGAUCGUCCCACAUCACCACAAGCACAUCAAGCACAUCACUUGCCUCACAUUCCGCAAGAAGAGUCAUCAUUAGCGCGACGAUGCCUUUUAUUAUGGCAAGUAGAAGAUCACACAUUUCCAGUAUCCAUGGAUACUAUUAUGCAGCUAUUUCAAGGUUGUCUGGGAGAGGCAGUGAAGCAAACCACGAUACUCGUACCGAAUUCCAGAAAUACCAGAGACAAGAUGAUGAUUGAAUUUUCUUCCGAAGAAAGCGUGGGUCGGGUCCUCAAGGCAUUCGAUCCCAAAGCCCGUACCUUGGCUGUUCCCGUUAAACUACAAGCCGUCAAGAAACGAGCUGGAAACUUUGCGAAACGAUGUCUCUCCGAGGCCGAACACCUUGCCACCAUUAACAACGCUUACAACAAGAAGAAGGAUGGUCGCAAAAAGAACCCCCACAACCAGUACCAAUACAAUAUUCAAAGUCCGGUUGCUUCCAUUCCGCAGCAACACGAUUUCGGAUUUAGUAGAAAUUUCGAAUUGCAGUCCCCGUUGCCACCGCCGCUCUUUCCCGAACCUGCCACAAAGUCGCAACUGGGAGGCCUUGAUCCACCCAUCAAUUUGGAGUCUCUGUUGCCCCGCGAUGGUGAAGCGCCCAUUGGGGAUCCUUCAGAUACGUUGGGACUAUCUUUCAUGGCCUUGGGACAAUCCAGCAGCAGCAAUCUUCGGAAUGAAUCAUCAUCAUUUCCAAACUUCAGCUUGCCCUUUGUCGAUUACCCAGAUGGCCCAAGCCAAGAGGAUCCAGCUUGUUUACUUCCUUUGAUCCUAGAUUCUGCCAAUGACCACGACGAACCUGCCCCGCCAUGGGGUGGGAUCAAUUCGGACAGUCAGGGGUUGGAACAUCUGUGGGGUGGGAACAGAAAUUCGUUUCCCGAUUCGAAUAGCAACGAUGAUACUCCAGGAAGAACCUUCGAAUUGGAACAAAAACUCCACGCGACCGAGCGGGAGAAUGCGGCGCUGAUUGAACAAGCGAUCAUUACCGAACGAGAACUACACACUCUGAAAGAAGAGAUGAGAGAGAAAGAUUUGCUGAUUGAGAGCCUGCGGAAACAAUUGGAGGAGAAGGACGAGCCUUUGACCGCACAGCGUUGA